AUGACCGACUUUGGACCUCGUGCCCCCCAUGGGCCAGAUAUGACGGGGACUCACAACCCGCUGGAGGAUAUGGAAGCCCAUGAGAAGGGUGCCUUUGAUCGCCUGAUCCGUCCCGAUGACAGUUACAAUGCGGAGGGUGUUUACUGGGCCGAUAUGCCUCUGGGCGAGAAGAUCAAGUUCGUCAGCUCCUACGAUGCGAAGGAAGCCCGCAGCGAGCUGUCCACCAUUUGGUCCAUGAUCAAGGAGGACCCGUUGUCCCCCGUUUCGUACUACUUCCGGAACAUGGUUCUCCCCGGUGCUGGUCUCGGUCUGGAGGGUUACGUCCUGUUCUCCAUUGGCAACAUCAAGCCUCUGUUCCAGAAGGCUUUCCCGGAGUGCUGGAAUACGCACGAGAUCUGUAACCCGCAGUGGCUGAAUGCCGUCGAUUACCUGGAGAUUAUCGGUAUCAUCGUGGGUCAGAUCCUGGUUGGUUUCAUUGGUGACUGGAUUGGCCGUCGCUGGGGUCUGAUUCAGGAUGCCACCAUCAUGUUCAUUGGUCUGCUCAUGCUUACCGCCGCCUGGGGCGUUACCCAGAACGGUUGGGUCAUUUGCUACGCUUGGUCCCUGUUCUUCUACUCGGUUGGUGUUGGCGGCGAAUACCCCAUGACUGCUACCUCCGGUAUGGAGAACGCCAUUGGUUCGGGCAAGAUUUCGACCAAGGAGGACCGUCUGCACCGUGGCCGCAAGGUCACCAGCGCCUUCCUGAUGCAGGGCUGGGGUCAGUUCUUCAACCAGGUUAUUCUGAUCAUCCUCCUGCUCUGCUUCCACCACGGUAGCGGCAACAACCCUUACUCUGCCGUUGCGGUCCAGUGGACUUACCGUGUCUCUUUUGCUAUCCCCGCCGUGGGCACGUUGUGGCUGGUCUACUACCGUGCCUACCACAUGAAGGCUGCCUCUAAGCAGCUGGUUGCCGCUAAGAAGAAGGCUUCCGUCACUGGUUACGAUGUUGAGUCUCUCCGUCUGACCUUCAAGUACUUUGGUCCUCGCCUGAUCGCCACUGCUGGUGGUUGGUUUGCCAACGAUGUGUUCUUCUAUGGUAACAAGCUCUUCCAGAGCGACUUUAUCAAGGUUAUUUCCCCGGAGACUUCCUCCGUUAUGCCUACCUGGUUGUGGAACCUGGUCAACGUCGGUGUCUCGCUGUGCGGUUACUACCUUGCCUCCUUCUUGAUCGACAACAAGCUGUAUGGUCGUAAGUGGAUGCAGACCGUCGGUUUCCUGAUGUGCUUUAUCCUCUUCGUUGUCCCCGCUUUCCACUACAAGCACUACAAGUCCGAAGCCCACAUCAAGGAGUUCCAGACUAUGUACUUCCUCAGCUCCUUCUUCAACCAGUUCGGUCCCAACUGUGUCAGUUUCCUGGUUGCUGCCGAGGUCUUCCCCACUCCUAUCCGUGCGACUGCCCACGGUAUCUCCGCCGCCGCUGGUAAGGCCGGUGCUCUGCUGGCUUCCGUUCUCUACAACUAUAUCGACACCCAGACCAAGUUCUACGUCGUUCCCUGGUUCGGGUUGGCUGGUGUUUUCGUGACUCUGGCCUUCCUGCCCGACACUACCGGUCUCGACCUGAAGGAGCAGGAGCGCCGCUGGCAGUGUCUCCGUGAGGGUCGUGAGGAGGACUACCACGGUCCCGCCGUGCACCCCAAGCACCUGUCCUGGUACGAGCGCUUCGUCCUGCGCAAGAACCGCUACUACGAUGCCGAGCUUGACUACCAGCAGAAGGUCGAGGAGUACCGUACUGAAUGGGAGGCUCUCAUGGCCCAGCGCCUCGCCGAGAAGGAGAAGAGCGAUGAGGUCUUUGACACCGACGACACUCUGCUCGAGGGUCACGUGCACACAUACUUCCACCGCACCAGCCCCAUGUUCAAGGGCAUGGAGGAGAAGUCCGCUCCCAGCAAGCAGGACAACUUCCGCCUGCCCCCUGCUGCCGAGUCUGGCUCUGAGGAGGACAUCUCCUCCGACAAAGCUGCUGAGCUAUAG